AAAAUACCUGGCUUAGCUUAGCCUCGCAAUCCCGGCCACCGCACAUCCAAGCAUCGAACCCAUCCGCACCCCUCCCGAACGCAAAAGAUCCCGUGCGAGCGGCGGUGGCGGCGGCUGCGACGGAUUUUGGACCAGCCAAUAGCCAUCCGCCCAUCCGUACCUGCGCCCCGCUGCUGCUACCGGCGGCGCCGUCGCCAAUGGCUCGGCUCGUGCUCUCCGAGUGCUGCGGCCUCGCGCCGCUCCGCCUGCGCGGCGGCCGCGGCGCCAUUGCGGCGCCGUCGCCUCCCCUCCUCGCCGCUGGCCCGCGCCGGCCCGCGGUCGCGGCCAUCCACCGGGACUGGGCACUCCGCGUCUCCGCACCCACCCGCCUCACCUCCACCGUAGAGGAGGACAAGAGCAGCUCGCUGGGGGAGGAGGAGGCUACCAGUUCUAUGGCGGCCAGCGGCGCCGUAGCGGGGGGCCAGGGUGAGUUCGACCCCGGGGCGCCGCCGCCGUUCGGGCUGGCGGAGAUCCGCGCGGCCAUCCCGAAGCACUGCUGGGUCAAGGACCCCUGGCGCUCCAUGAGCUACGUGCUGCGCGACGUGGUCGUCGUGCUGGGCCUCGCCGCCGCCGCCGCGCGCAUCGACAGCUGGCUCGUCUGGCCGCUUUACUGGGCCGCGCAGGGCACCAUGUUCUGGGCGCUCUUCGUCCUCGGGCAUGACUGUGGACACGGGAGCUUCUCAAACAACCCCAAGCUGAACAGCGUCGUUGGCCACAUACUCCACUCCUCCAUUCUCGUCCCAUACCACGGAUGGAGGAUUAGCCACAGGACGCACCAUCAGAACCACGGCCAUGUCGAGAAGGACGAGUCCUGGCACCCGCUACCACAGAGGCUGUACAACAGCCUGGACUUUAUGACCCGGAAGUUGCGGUUCACCAUGCCGUUCCCCUUGCUCGCAUUCCCGCUAUACUUGUUCGCAAGGAGUCCAGGGAAAUCAGGAUCACACUUCAACCCGAACAGCAGUUUAUUCCAACCUAAUGAAAAGAAGGACAUAAUAACAUCAACGGCAUCCUGGCUGGCCAUGGUUGGUGUUCUGGCCGGUCUGACCUUUGUGAUGGGGCCUCUUCAGAUGCUAAAGCUCUAUGCUGUCCCAUACUUGGUAUUUGUUAUGUGGCUGGAUAUGGUCACAUACUUGCACCAUCAUGGCCACGAAGACAAGCUUCCCUGGUACCGUGGAAAGGAAUGGAGUUAUCUGCGUGGAGGAUUGACGACGCUCGAUCGGGACUAUGGAUUGAUCAACAACAUCCAUCAUGACAUUGGAACUCAUGUCAUUCAUCACCUUUUCCCACAAAUCCCUCAUUACCAUCUCAUUGAGGCGACGGAGGCAGCAAAACCGGUACUUGGCAAGUACUACAAAGAACCGAAGAAGUCUGGCCUUCUCCCAUUCCACCUAUUUGGGGUACUGGUGGAAAGCUUAAAGCGAGACCACUAUGUUGGCGAUACCGGAGACGUAGUCUACUACCAAUCUGACUCGAAAACCAACACCUCUGAACAAAAUUCUGAUUGACAUAAACUAUAGCAUGUAGCUUAUUCUCCAUUUUCUCAGGAGGCUGUGCCUUAACACCUGAGCAGCCUCCUGGGACCUGUGAUACAACGAAUCAAGAAUGUAAGUUGGCUAAGUGUUAUCAUUGUAAAAGAGGGUAAAUGUAAUUCUUUCCAAUGAUUGACGACACAGGUUAUCCCUGAUGUAACAAAAAUGUGAUUAUUUGGACAAGAUAUGUUACAGUAAAGAGCGAAAAAAGAGCUUACGUA